GGAAGGCAACCAAUUGAUGCACAUCAAUGUUUCUUUCUCUCUCUUUUCCUCCCUCUAAGCAUGUCCUCAGGUGAGGGUUAAAAACACAAAAAUCCAACUUUCUAUGCUUAUGAAUGGGAUAAUAAGGUUUGAAAGUGAAACUUGGAAGCCUAAGAAAGAACUAAAGGUUUGGUUUUUAUAAUUUUCAGGAAAGAAAAUAUGACUUUUCAAAUAAGCCAUGGUCAUAAUAGCCAGCUGAGGGAUUAUUAGGUAGAAGUUCCCAUAAGGUGGCCUUGGGAAGACCCAGCUUCAUCUCCAUCUGUGAAGCCCUAAAACACUGAAAUCAUACCCUCAUUGGGUGAACCCAGUACAUCGCUUCAAGCAAUAUAUUUUAAAAAAAUAAAUAAACCAGUUUAUUUAGAGCCAGAGGUCUGGACCAUACGGUUCGGUUCUAGUGGCCAGGCAGAGCCAGAUGAGCUUCGAAAUAGUAGAUUCAAAAUUUCCAGGCUCAGGGGCUUCAAGGAACUGGAACAGUGGGAGCACUUUAGAGUCCCUUUACGAUAAUGAAUUUUUAAAUCUCGUUUCCUCUUUGUUAAGUGGCAGGAAUGACUCCCGAGGUCCCAGAAUUCACACCUGCGAUGUGAAGACCCAGGAUCCAACCCUCAGAGAAGGAAACGGACCCUCCUUUGGAACGUGGAAGGCCGAAAGGCUGAAACUCGAUUGGCAGCUCCCGGGUGGUUCUCGCACCCUUCAACCUGGAUUUCCACUUUCUGGGGUUCAGGCCCAACCACUCGUUCCUGGGGCACGAGUAGCGCCUUUGUCCCGCGAACUCCCAAGGCCCAGGGUUUCUGGUGCGGAAGAGUCAAUGCAGGCAUUCGAGAUGGGGACGAUGCCGAGACGGAAAGAUAUCCCCCCGUGGGUGAAAGUCCCCGAGGACUUGCGAGACCCGGAGGUGCUGCAGGUCCAGACGGCGCUGCUGGAAGCCAUGUUUGGCCCCGGAGGAUCUCGAAUCCCAUACAUCGAGCAAGUGAGCAGAGCCAUGCUCGAGCUGAAGGUUCUGGAAUCCUCGAACCUCACCGAGGUCGUGGUUUACGGCAAUUACUUGUACAAGCUCCGAACCAAGUGGAUGCUCCAGUCCAUGGCCGAGAGGCACCGCCUGAGGCAGGAGCGAGGGAUGCUCAGACUCGAGGACGCCAUGAGUGCCCUCGAGCUCGGCCUGUAGCUGAAGGGAAGCGCGUUUGCACCCGGCGGACCGGGGACCAGGAUGUGGACAGGAGGCUGUGGAUCUGCAGUGGGUCUGCUCCCCGCGGAACAAGGGAAAACAGCUUGUUGGGGGUUUUUGCAUUGGCCUCGUGAGUCCUGAUGUAACUUUUUCCCAAGGUUGCUAAUUAACGAAUAAAAUGUUAAAACAGUU